AUGGCCGCGGGAGAUCAACCGCGAAGUGGCGCCGUCGGUGCCAAACUGCCUCGCGCGAGUGAUUGGACACCUACGGACCAGACUAGUGUCACCCCGUCCCAUUUUCAUUUUCAGGUUCCUCAAACGCCACACGCACGCACACGCUCGCACACGCUCGCACACGCUCGCACACUCUGCGGUUGCGGAGGAACGAGGGAGCCGGAAGCAUUUUGGACGCCUUCAAGUGGCAAGGCCAGACCCGCCCGUGUCCAUGAUGUCUACGACGAGCGCAGCCAGCCCGUGGCGAACGGGAAUGACGCUCACAAGCGAAGAGCGAUUUGGGCCGAGCAUUCCGCAGCUCCAGAUGCCACAGAUGCAGACCCAGACACGGCUCCAAUUCCAAUCCAAUGCCCAGCCGUGCCGUUCUCAAUCGUCUUGGACUCUUGGUGGUGCACUGGUGGCACGGCCUGGUGGCACGGGCACCGGCCGCGGCAACGGGAUGGUCACUGGGCGAAACGCAACUCGAACCAGGGGAACAAACGAAACGGUGAGCAGUUUGUCAGUGUCGCAUCCCUGUAUUGGUGUGGCAACGCGUACUCCUCGGGGACUCGACGUUCGGCGCAACGUCUGUCUGCGUUUGCAGGUCCUGAACUCCGCACUCCCGAGAUUGACAUGGCACUUCGCUGUCGGCCACAAUCACAAACUCCGUCCGGUCUCUGUUCAGGAAAACAGCGCGAGUUCCUUGCCGGAACGACCGACCCAAUCGCCGCUGUCCCAAAACUGCCUGUUACGGAUGCAGCAGAAACUGAAAUCCGAGGCACGUCUACGUCUGGACAUGACGUCUAG